AUGCCUCGCCUUAACGCGUCCUUCGAGGACGCCAUUCGUAUCACUCCACAAGGCAACAACAAGUACAGCGCUGAUCUUCGCUCGGAAUGGUGCAUUGGAACUGUGCCCCAUGGUGGCUAUACAACAGCAGUCAUCUACAACCUCGCCCUGACACACUUCGCCCACGCCCACCCAAAACUAUUCGAUACCCCCCGCAUCCCCAAUCUCCCUCCAACUAUCGGCGCGCGAACGAGCACAAUUCACAUCAAGCUCCUCCAGCCAUCCGAGAAGAAACCUGAUCAGCUCCAGGUCAAUGUCACCGGUUACAUCACCGUCAGUCCGCCCAGCGCGGAAGUCGGUAUCACCGGGACCACGGGGUGGAAACCACUCCCACCCCCGCCUCCAGGUUCCCUUCCAGAUGGAAAAAUCGAUUUUCCUACUCUAGCACGAACAGGCAAAGACGGCGCAUGGGAAAAACUCAGCCCUCCUUUCCUUGAAUUCCGCCGCGCAGGUGCCCAGCUCGAGCUAUUCGCGCCCGGGAAAGCCGAGGCUCAGCAGCAGCGCACGGGGAGCAUGGCUAUCGACCAGUGGGCUCGAUUCCAGCCUGGCGGGGACAAGGACGGUCGUUGGACUGAUGCCGCUGUUGUCUAUCUGCUGGAUAUGUUCCCCAUGGCGCUGGAUGGCUUUGAUACCCUGUCUGCGACGGCGGUGGCCGAAGCCCAGGGCGAGCCUGUGCCGGAGAUCAAGGCUAAGUUUUGGUAUCCAACUGUUACGUUGAAUAUUGAUAUGAAGAAGCAUUUGCCCAAGGAGGGGGUGGAGUGGUUGUAUAGUCGGGUUGUGACUAAGGUUGUGCGUGGUGGGAGGACGGAUUUGGAUGUUACUGUGUUGGAUCAGAAUGGGGAGGUUGUUGCGUUGAGUACCCAGGUUGGACUUAUUGUGAGUGCGAGUCGGAAUGUUGGGACUAGGAAGUUUGGGAAGUUGUAG